GAUUGUAUUCCGGCAAAUUUUUUAAAAUUUUCUUAAAAAUCAGUAAAAAAAAAUAUUUUUUUGAGUUAAAUACGUGAAUAAGUUCAAAGAAAAGCUGCUAGUUGAUUGUGACUCGAAAAAAUUCAAAAAUUAAAGGAUUAAACAAGUUUGGUGGUAAACAUGAGUAAUCUUGAAAAGAUGUUUGUCCCAACAAAAUGUGAAAAUUUGAUGGAUUUGAAUGACGAUUGCUUGCUGUAUCUUUUGAGUUUCUUCAAGCAUUUUGAAUUGAUGGAUUUACGAGGCUUUUGUCGGCGCUUGGAUGAUUUGAUUUUUCAAAGUCGGUCAAGAUUCGUAACUCUGGACUUUAAAAAUCGCUUUAAAAGUCUUGAUGAUGUACUUCAAGCUUUGGAAAUUAUAAAAUUCUUAGGGCCCGUGGUAAAAUCACUGAAUUUGGGAUGUUUAUCGAGUUAUUGGUCUAUUAAGUAUAUUGAAGAUAAAUCUGUUAUAUUUGAUUGUAUUAACGAGCAUUGUGUGAGUCUGGAGACUUUCGAUCCUGGAUAUGUCGACUUUAAAGACUUUAAAGCUAUUCAGAAAUUUGCUCCGAUUGUUAAACGUCUGAAAUCUCUAAUAUUAAAUUGGUCAGAUUUUGAUGACAGCUUGGGUGAUUGUCUGAAAGGUUCAUCACUUGAAGAAUUAAGAAUAGAUAAUAAUCCUAAAAUCACUGAAAAUUUCUUCAAAAAUGUGGCCAAUUUGAAGUCCUUGCAUAUUACUUCUCACAAAAAUUUGACAUCGGAUUCUUAUAUCAACAUUUUGAGCAAGAAUUUGAAGUUAAAAAAGCUCACAAUUUUUAUAGACGAUUUCACAUUUUUCAACAGCGAAAUUUUAGUAACCUUCAUUGCUAAAAACCUACAAGAACUUGAAGAACUUUCAUUCGAUGUAUUUGCAAACAACGUAAGCCUCCUUGGUGAACUACCAAACUUGAAAAAACUGGAAAUUGUUCAAGAUUCUGAAGUUUUUACUGAAGAAGGAACAUUGUACCAACAUUUAAUUGCUCAAGAGAUGGAAAAACUUUUGGAAAAAUUAAGUCAGCGAAAUAUUAUUGAAGAGCUUUACAUUAAUGCUUCGGCAGAACAAAUAAAUUUUGACUUAUUGAGCAACCUCACCAAUUUGAAGAAAUUAUCACUGGAUAAAUGCUAUGGAAUCACAAAAAUGAAAAAUCCUCAAGGUCUUGAAAAUUUAGAAACAUUAACAAUUGAAGGUGUAGAAAAUGUUUCAGAUUUACUCAAUUUGAUAAAUCCUUUAAAGAAACUCAAGUUAUUGGACAUUCAGCACAAUUCUGUAAAAUUUGAAUUUUUUAAUAAAUUGAUUCAGAUUUUAAAAACUACGGAAAAACGUCCAAAACUGAAAGUUUCUGUUAAAAUAAUUUGUGUUGAUCAAAGUGCUGAUAAAUUUCACGAACUUCUCAAAAGUAAUCAAGAUUUUAUUGACGUUGAAUAUAUUCGAUUUUUCGAAUUUUUUUGA